GCGGCAGCAGACGAUAUUUGAGUGGAGACCAGUGGAUUGUUGUACAUAGAGCAGAUUCAGUGUCGUCAAUGGGAAGCACGCGAGACGGUGGCAAAGCUAGUUACGGUCUAGAUUGAAAUCCACAGCUGCACCAUGCUCUCCAGGUCUCUCCCGUGUCUGUGGAUUACGUUUUGCCUUCAUUUAUGCUUUUAUGUAGACAGCGGUGAAGCACAGAAUGCGAAGGAAGUGAUUCUACUGGACUCCAAGGCACAGCAGACAGAACUGGAGUGGAUCUCCUAUCCUCCCAAUGGGUGGGAAGAGAUAAGCGGCUUGGAUGAGAACUAUACACCCAUCCGAACAUACCAGGUUUGCCAAGUCAUGGAACCCAAUCAGAAUAACUGGCUUCGGACUAACUGGAUAGAGAAGGGCGAUGCCCAGAGAAUUUUUGUGGAGCUGAAAUUCACCUUGAGGGAUUGUAACAGCCUACCUGGUGUGGUGGGCACUUGCAAGGAGACAUUCAACUUGUAUUACCAGGAAACAGAUUCAGAGGUAGGACGAAGCUUACGGGAGAAUCAGUACGUGAAAAUAGACACAAUUGCAGCAGAUGAAAGCUUCACUCAGGGUGACCUAGGCGAGAGGAAGAUGAAGCUGAACACCGAAGUGCGCAUAAUUGGCCCCCUGUCCAGGCGGGGCUUCUACCUGGCCUUCCAGGAUGUAGGAGCGUGCAUCGCCCUGGUCUCUGUCAAAGUUUAUUACAAGAAGUGUUGGUCUAUCAUCGAGAACCUGGCCACGUUCCCAGACACCGUGACGGGAUCAGAGUUCUCCUCGCUGGUGGAGGUCGAGGGUAUGUGCGUGAGCGAUGCCGAGGAGGAAGCCGAUAACUCUCCUAAGAUGCACUGCAGUGCUGAGGGGGAAUGGCUAGUGCCCAUUGGGAAAUGUAUAUGCAAAGCUGGAUUUCAUCAGAAGGGAGACGCAUGUGAACCAUGUGGUCGGGGUUUCUACAAGUCUUCCUCGCAGGACCUUCAGUGCUCUCGCUGUCCGGUGCAUAGCUUCAAUGACCGCGAAGGCUCCUGGCGCUGUGACUGUGAGGACGGCUACUACCGAGCACUCUCUGACCCUCCGUCUGUGGCGUGCACAAGACCUCCCUCUGCACCACAGAACCUGGUCUACAACAUCAACCAGACCACAGUUAGCCUGGAGUGGAGCCCACCGGCUGACACCGGCGGUCGCAACGACGUCACCUACAGGGUUAUAUGUCGCCGCUGCAGCUGGGAACCCGAGGAGUGUGUUCCGUGUGGGCUAAAUGUGGGAUACUCUCCCGCACAGUCAGGAUUAGUGGACACUUACGUGACCGCUGUGGAUCUGCUCGCUCACGCCAACUACACUUUUGAGGUGGAGGCUGUCAACGGGGUGUCUGACCUCAGCCGCACGCAGAGGCUGUUUGCUGCAGUUAGCAUUGCUACUGGCCAAGCAGCUCCGUCCCAGGUCAGCGAGGUCAUCAAAGAGAGAGUGCAGCAGCACAGCGUCCACCUCUCCUGGCAGGAGCCCCAGCAACCCAACGGUGUCAUCACAGAAUAUGAGAUCAAAUAUUAUGAAAAAGAUCAGAAGGACCGGAUUUACUCUACUGUGAGGUCAAAGUCCACAUCAGCUACGGUGAACAACCUAAAGCCCAGCACAGCCUAUGUGUUCCAGAUUAGGGCUUUCACAGAAGCAGGAUAUGGCACCUUUGGGCCUAGACUAGAGAUAACCACCAAAGAAGAGGCCACAGCUGCAAUCGUCUCUAGUGAGCAGAACCCCGUCAUCAUCAUUGCAGUGGUGGCCGUGGCGGGGACCAUCAUACUGGUGUUCAUGGUGUUUGGCUUCAUCAUCGGGAGAAGGUACGCUCUCGCGGGCCCCAUUGACUCUCCGCUCCUGCACUGCGGGUACAGCAAAGCUGAUCAGGAGGGAGAUGAGGAGCUCUACUUCCAGUUUAAAUUUCCAGGCACCAAAACCUACAUUGACCCCGAAACCUACGAGGACCCGAACAGGGCUGUCCAUCAAUUUGCCAAGGAGCUGGAUGCCUCUUGCAUUAAAAUCGAGCGGGUUAUUGGAGCAGGAGAGUUUGGAGAGGUGUGCAGUGGCCGACUGAAGCUGCCUGGAAAACGGGAUGUGUCAGUUGCCAUCAAGACACUCAAAGUGGGAUACACUGAGAAGCAGAGGCGUGACUUCCUGUGUGAAGCCAGCAUUAUGGGACAAUUUGACCAUCCUAAUGUUGUUCAUCUGGAGGGAGUCGUGACGAGAGGAAAACCAGUCAUGAUUGUCAUCGAAUACAUGGAGAACGGCUCAUUAGAUGCUUUCCUCAGGAAACACGAUGGCCAGUUCACAGUCAUCCAGCUGGUGGGAAUGUUGCGGGGUAUAGCAGCGGGAAUGAGAUAUCUUUCCGAUAUGGGAUAUGUCCAUCGUGAUCUGGCUGCACGGAAUAUCCUGGUCAACUGCAAUCUCGUGUGUAAAGUGUCUGACUUCGGCCUGUCGAGGGUGAUAGACGACGAUCCCGAGGCUGUCUACACAACAACCGGUGGAAAAAUCCCUGUCCGGUGGACUGCACCAGAAGCUAUUCAGUACCGUAAAUUCACCUCUGCAAGUGACGUGUGGAGUUACGGUGUUGUCAUGUGGGAGGUUAUGUCGUAUGGAGAACGGCCUUACUGGGACAUGUCCAACCAAGAUGUCAUUAAGGCAAUAGAGGAAGGAUACCGUCUUCCAGCCCCCAUGGACUGUCCGCCGGGUUUACAUCAGCUAAUGCUGGACUGCUGGCAGAAAGACCGAGCCGAACGCCCCAAAUUUGAUCAAAUAGUUGGCAUCCUUGAUAAGAUGAUACGUAACCCUAACACACUGAAAACCCCAGUGGGAACGUGUACAAGACCAAUUAGUCCCCUGUUAGAUCAGAGCACACCAGACUUCACUUCUUUCCGCUCAGUGGGAGAGUGGCUGGAAGCCAUCAAGAUGGAGCGAUACAGAGACAACUUCACAGCAGCUGGCUACAGUUCCUUGGAAUCUGUGGCCAGGAUGUCAAUCGAGGAUGUGAUGAGCUUGGGGAUCACUUUGGUGGGCCAUCAGAAAAAGAUCAUGAGCAGCAUACAGACUAUGAGAGCCCAGAUGCUGCACCUCCACGGCACAGGUGUCCAGGUGUGACGAUCUCUGACAGGCUGCCUUCGGAGAGGGCGCGAACAAAACUUGACUUGGGACAUAAAUGGAAUAAUUGUCAAAGCAAACAGACGUAUGAUGUCUGACUCUUCUGGCUGUGCCUGGAGUGAAAUCAUUCCUUUGUUUCUCAGUGAAUGAUUGUGGUCCGCCUCUUUAAAGGGCACUAAAGAGAGGAAAAGGGCAAAAAACGGCAACAAAAAAGAAACUACCUGGAUGAGACAAAUGUAUUUUUCCCUUCUUUUUGUAGAAGCGCGUACAAACUAAACCACAUAUCAAACAGCGCAUUGGAAAGGAGUUUGCCGCUUAUAUUUCUCUUUAUGUGCACACGUUGUCUAAGGAUUUCCUUUAUACGAACUACAACACCUUGAAGCGGUUUUAGUUGUUUGUUUUUUUUCGUUUUUCUUUGUGUCUGCCAUGAUGACACGUUUUGGCACAUAUAAAAGUUCUUUUUCCUCUCCUCUUUGGAUGUGACAACAGGGUAACUCUUUUAUCCAAACAGAGACAGAACUUUUUAGGUGCAGAUUUCAAAGUACUUUUUGUACUGGACUGUUUGCAAUGACUUUUGUUUUCCUUCAUGUGCUGUUGAAGUGAAAAUAUUAUCCUCACACGCUUGUUUUGCAGCCUGUUGGAGUGGGUUCUUGACCUGGUUAAAAAUUUUCAGCAUUUUUUAGCAAACAAUUUUCUGAUGAGUGCAGCACAGAUGGAGAUGCAGGAAGCAAACUGUUCUUUAAAUCACCAGAAUUUUUUUCUAUCAGAGUAGCAAUAUCCUUCAUCUAUCCUUCCCUUAGUGUUCACUAUGGGAUACACUUGGUUGUUGAGUAGAAUGUGUCAGCACGUUUGAAAGAUUGUAUUGGAGUUGCAGCUGUGCUUUGCCAUCAUUUUGCCUAAAAUGUUUUACAUAGUGGUUGUUUUGAAGAAUUGUUUAGCUGCGAGUGCGUUCAAGAAUUGACGAGACGUAAUACUGCCUUAAAAUGUGUUUAAGUAUUGCCACUAUUUUAGGCACUUCAAUGGCAUUGCUUUCUGUGGCUCAUUUCAGUGUUGUACUACUUCCUUUGUCUGUGUGUUUGUUUUUAGCAUGAUGUCUUUUUAUCUUGAACUUGUGUGCACAGACUCUGUUUUAUGCCACAAGUGACACAGUCAGUGAGAAAGAGUUGGACUAAAAAGAGCAAUAAUUACCAGGUAGAAAUUGUCCUCGACUGGGACUUUUUAAGGUGCUAGAUGACAUAGAAAGCAUGGGUGUGCUAUUCUGAGACAAAACCUUUGGAAAGAUUCAGUCACUGCUGCAAAAGGAAACAAAUGUACCUCUUUGACCUGAAAUGGUUUGGAAAAAAUACCAUGCCAACUCAUCAAAUGAAAUAAUCAUGUUGUAUUUUGCCGCUAUGAUAUGUUAAACAUGUGAUGAGACUCUAACGUGGCAUGAAAAUGUUGAAUUGAGUGACUGCAGAGAUAAAACACUUAAAUGGUGCCAAUUAGCCAUGCUGACAUCAUUUUCUAACAAAAAAAAAAAAUCAACAAGCCCCUUCAGGGUCUAGGUAUGAAAAUGCCAGACCAAACCAUGGAGCUCCUCUCAGACACGGACUGUGUUGUUAAAUCCCUCCGUCCCGGCUCUGCAGGCAGCCAUGCAGCCUCCUUGUUUAUUCAUGCGUCUUUGCAGCUCAUCACUCACAGGAGCAGAUGUGACAGAACAUGCAUUAAAGUGUUUCUUAAGAUUCCUCUUCUUUUCUUCCAUAUGGCUUUCUAUGGAGAACAGAGAAGAGGGGGCUGUGCAGAGGAUGUGCUAAAAGCCAAUCAAACUAUUUGGUGCCAUCUGUCUCCACUUCAAAAACAAACAAACAAACAAAAAAGACUCCCAAAAAAAGGAAAAGUUUCAAUGUUGAAUUUGUUUUACUGCACUGUCCUUUGAUACGAAAAUGUAGGUAUUCAGCUGUCACAUAAAGGGAAGUGGUGUUCUUCUCUCACUGCUGCUGCGACCUUAAACAUAACUCUGUGUUUUCAAAGCUUUACUUAUUUUCUCACCAUAGAAAAAAGUACAACCAAAUCAGGAAUCAACCUGGAGCUCGCUAACAGCCAGUAAAACCAACUGAAGCUUUCUUCAUUUUUUCCUCUGUCAUCUUUGAAAUGUCCACAUUGGGCCACAAGCACUAAAAAAGGGUUCUUUUUUUACCUUUUGUCCACCCUAAGCCUGUGACUGAAAUUGGUUUAAAAAUCUAGAAAAGACAACAAAAAAGGCCUCCACAGACAUUAUUGAAUCCUGAGCCUCACCAAAAAAGGCUAAGAUAUAGUCUUGACAAUGGACAACACACAGGGUUUAGAACUUCAGCUUGUGUAAUCAAUUAAGUCAUUUCAAAGUCACAUUUUUUCUGUACUUUCUCAACCGUUUGCUGUAUUGCCACCUGUUAGUUUGACAUAUUUAAACCAUGCUUGUGUGGAUGAAAAAUUCCUUCUCAGUUUGAAAAACAUGCAGUUUUGUCCUAAAAUGAACAACGUCAUCUGGCUUAGUGUGGAUGCACUGUUUAAAUCCAUUUUCACAGUGGGAUUCAUCUUGGGAUGAGAUGCCCAAAAUUAGCCCUGACCAGCCCAUUAUGUCAUACACAACCUCCCUUUAUCCAUACAGCAGACCUCAGCAAUUGGGCCUUUGAAUUGAAUACUGGCAUAAAGUCAUUCAGUCAGCACAAAACUCCCCAGUUCACAGGCAGCGCUCUGUCUCUCACCAUCAACUCCCUACACCCUGCUCUGAUUUUCAAAGCAGACCCCUGGAGAAGGCCCCUCACACCUACUGUAGGAUGCCUCUGUCCCUCUUUUCUUUCUGUUCUGGGAAGACAGCAGUUUGAGCCAAACUGAGAUUAAGGCCAGGAUGCAAUCAAUACAAUGUUUCAACUUGAAUCAUGCUGAACUUCAGGUUGCUCAACUCUGGAAAAAAAGGAGAAAAAAAAGUUUAGUUGUGACUCUGUUUCAUGGAGAAAAAAAAAAAAGUUUAGAUGAAAAAAGGCAAAAAAAAAAUAAAAUAAAAGGAACCUGCAGGGUAUAGAGUGCUGGCUGAAAUUUAGGAGUAGCAGAUAGAAUACAAACAUAUUUUUUAAAUCUUGUGGUUCAGCAGUUGGAAAUUUGUUUCUCCACUUUGGCAAGGUGGUGGAUGCUUCCAAAGAGUGCAGCACUGUCAAUUGUUUGAGAAAGAGCUGGGGUUUGAGGACAUCUUUGUAUAUGGUCUAAUUGUAAAACUUGUACAUUUUAUUUAUAUUGAUUUUCUUUCUUUCUUUGUUUUUUUUUUUUUUUUUACACAUAUUACUCAGUAGAGAGCUCUGGAUACAUUGAAAAUGCACUAUAUUUUUCUAUUUCACAGAUGAACUAUUGUCACCCACAAGAUUUCAGUUGUACAUAUUUUGUUCAUUUAGGACCAAAGACAGCUAAUAGGAUUCCCAUCUUUCCUUUGACUGUUUUGAUUUUGCCUUCUAGUUUAUUGUACAGUAAUAUAAAUGUUGAUUCAUUAUUUAUUUUUCUGUGAUCAGAGUACUGAGAAUAUUCACUGGUCAAAAGUAUUUUCCCCAAAAGCAGAACUGUAAGAUCAUUUAAUUAGACAGUUUCUUGUUACAUAGACAAUUCUUUUUGCUUUGUAACCUUUGUAAUAGACUGUACAUAUAUUUUUGGAAAUAUAAUACAAUCUAUAUAAUUUUCAAGUCUCCUUUGCAGUGUUUUUUUUUUUUUUCUUUAUACGCCGUUUAUCCUAUCCUGUGUUAUGUUUUUUUUGCCAUUUUUAGUUGUGGACACAGGUAUUCAACAUCAUU